AUGCCAUCUUCGGUAACAAAACAUACAAUUCCGCCAUUCUACGCCUGCUAUUUUCUGCGCUCUCUCUCCACCCCAGGUACUACCUACAUCGGCUCCACUCCGGCUCCACCCCGCCGCAAGCGUCAGCACAAUGGUCACCUCACGCAGGGUGCCUACAAAACUUCUCGUGCAAGGCCUUGGGAGAUGGAAUGCAUCGUCUAUGGAUUUUCCUCCAAGAUUGCCGCUUUGCAGUUCGAAUGGGCUUGGGCCAAACCGCAUCUUUCUCGUCAUCUCAAAUUCUUGACUACAGAGCACUCGGUUGACGGUACACCGAAAAACACGUCUGAUUGGGCUGGUAUGUCACUGUUUCCAUCUACAAGCUUGACUCCCGGACAGACUCGGUGGGGUAGACCGAAGAAGAGGAUGGCGAGACCUCCAUCAUCUCCCAACGCUAGACUGUUGGCCAUGCGCGCACUGCUGCGAUCAGAACCGUUCUGCGGUUGGGGACUGAAAUUGGCUUUCUUCACCGAGUGGAGCUGGUUGGCGUACCAGAGACUUGAUGCUUGCGACCCAGGUUUGGUGGCCAAAAGCGCAUUGUCGACGUUGCAAAAUAGGUACAGUAGAUCGGGGAAGCCUUUGCAUGCACUCUACCCGGUAGCUGUCUGUGACUUUUCUGGUGUCGACGGCAAACGCGAACCGCUCGUUCACGUCUCCGAGCCGUAUCGGCUGGAUGCGGGUGUAGCUGAACAUCCUGUCAAGAAGAGGCAGACCUCGAGCAGGCAAAAGCCACACACCGAGGAAACUUCAGCAUGGCCAGAGACGCUUCCGAGAUCAGCAAAUUUGAAAGGUCUCGAUGCAUGCAUGCAAGACUUUGCGACCUUCCCCAUACCGCAACCAGCUGCUCCGAAUACAGACUUGACAAAGAAGUCCAAACGAGCGAAAAAACUGAGCGAUAAGGCUCGACCGUCUGCUUUGGAAGAUCAUGACGCAGAGAACGGAGUAGAUGAUGACGACACCGAGGUUGAAGUGGUUGCUACAGAUGCCGCCAAUGGAUCAGAUCUGGCGUUAAGCCGCCCACUCUACAGAAUGAGAUUUGACGACCUCAACAUGGAAGAAUCAGAAUGGAAACGGUUCGCAGAAAGCAUCGCUGCAAACGUGGGUGCAUCAAGAAGUACGACGCAAGCAAUGAGCGAAUUUCUGCAUACCUGUGUACAGAGACACAUAGCAGCACAAGACGCACGCACAGCAAACACAGCACUUCCCGCACCCACAUCACUCUGCUCUCUCUGCAGCAUACCGAUUGAUCUCAGCCAGCAGCUCGAUUUUGUCUUAUGCCCAAAUCCGCAUGCUAGCACACUGCCUCUCAUCUCCAGUUCAUCUACCGCCUCGCACGAGACCAUAUCGGAAUGCCGCGAAACCGGAUGCGACUCGAUCUUUCAUCUCUCGUGCUUGGCUAGGUCGUUUCUCGAACAGCAACUAGGGGACCAAAAGGCGACAGCGAGCAGCGCGAGUACGGUACUUCCCACACACGGCACCUGUCCCUGUCAUAGAGGAGAGCACAAGGAACCAACCAUGUGGGCGGAUGUUGUUAGAGCUAUGUAUCGCAGACACGAGCGGUUCGAGCGACUGAUUCAGUUCUUGAUAAGGUCUGGUCGGUCUCUUGAACAGCAUCUCCAUCCGCCGCUGGAAGUUGAGAUGACUGUCAAAGGGAGUAAAAUUAAAGAAAGAGUCAAGGCAUCUGUCAAAGCCACUGAGGAUGCACAGGUCGACAUUGGCGAUCAGAGACAAGUCAUAAGUGGGACAACAAGCAGGACGAAGGCCGCGCUCACGAGGAAACGCAGGCAGCCAACGACUAGUAGUGUCAAUGCGAUUCAAGUCGAUCCGUUAGCAAGAAAUGGCUCAAAGAUCGACGGAGAUGGAGCUGGGAAGGAUACGAAGAAAAACACCACACAGAAAGCCAAAUCGAACGAAACCAGCGAAGUAAUUGACCUCACAUAA